AUGUCGACACGAAAUGCUGAAAGCGGCUCUCUGGAAGACCUUCUCCCUCCGUGGACGCGUGUUCUGGUGCGAGGAUGCCUGUCUCUUGUCGGCAUGCAUUGCUGCUCAGCCAAUCGACGAGUCCGUCCCCCAACUGGACUCGAACUGGCGCUCAACCCGCAGCCAAGGGACUCUGUGCGACCCAACCUUCGUGCAUGCCCACUUCCAACGGACUGGCCGAUUCGCACAAAACACGCUGGCCGUUGGUACCGACUAGGUCUGGUGCCAGUUUCCGACGUCACCGAGACGCUGCUUCGCUACUUUGCCUUCUUUGUGUUGCUCUGCUUUCUGUACCUCUCGCGCUGGCCGCCGGUUGUCGUGACUGUCCUCUUCACUGCGUUGCUAACCGAACGGUCGUCUCGAGAGUAG